AUGAUUUUUGGUGUACUGCAUGAGCAUUAUAAUCAAAGUACAUGCUAUAACCAUACACAAAACAGCAUCAUCAAUGUACCAUAUCAGGAUACCCAGUACAUCAUCAUCAAUGUACCAUAUCAGGAUACCCAAUACAGUAUCAAUGUACCAUAUCAGGAUACUCAGUACAGCAUCAUCAAUGUACCAUAUCAGGAUACUCAGUACAGCAUCAUCAAUGUACCAUAUCAGGAUACCAAGUACAUCAUCAUCAAUGUACCAUAUCAGGAUACCCAAUACAGUAUCAAUGUACCAUAUCAGGAUACUCAGUACAGCAUCAUCAAUGUACCAUAUCAGGAUACUCAGUACAGCAUCAUCAAUGUACCAUAUCAGGAUACCCAGUACAUCAUCAAUGUACCAUAUCAGGAUACCCAGUACAUCAUCAAUGUACCAUAUCGGGAUACCCAGUACAUCAUCAAUGUACCAUAUCAGGAUACCCAGUACAUCAUCAAUGUACCAUAUCGGGAUACCCAGUACAUCAUCUAUGUACCAUAUCGGGAUACCCAGUACAGCAUCAAUGUACCAUAUCAGGAUACCCAGUAUAGCAUCAUCAAUGUACCAUAUCAGGAUACCCAGUACAUCAUCAAUGUACCAUAUCAGGAUACCCAGUACAUCAUCAAUGUACCAUAUCAGGAUACCCAAUACAGUAUCAAUGUACCAUAUCAGGAUACCCAAUACAGCAUCAAUGUACCAUAUCAGGAUACCCAAUACAGCAUCUAUGUACUAUAUCGGGAUACCCAGUACAUCAUCAAUGUACCAUAUCAGGAUACCCAGUACAUCAUCAAUGUACCAUAUCGGGAUACCCAAUACAGUAUCUAUGUACCAUAUCGGGAUACCCAGUACAUCAUCAAUGUACCAUAUCAGGAUACCCAAUACAGUAUCUAUGUACUAUAUCGGGAUACCCAGUACAUCAUCAAUGUACCAUAUCGGGAUACCCAAUACAGUAUCUAUGUACCAUAUCGGGAUACCCAAUACAGCAUCAAUGUACCAUAUCAGGAUACCCAAUACAGCAUCAAUGUACCAUAUCAGGAUACCCAAUACAGUAUCAAUGUACCAUAUCAGGAUACCCAAUACAGCAUCAAUGUACCAUAUCAGGAUACCCAAUACAGCAUCUAUGUACUAUAUCGGGAUACCCAGUACAUCAUCAAUGUACCAUAUCAGGAUACCCAGUACAUCAUCAAUGUACCAUAUCAGGAUACCCAGUACAUCAUCAAUGUACCAUAUCAGGAUACCCAGUACAUCAUCAAUGUACCAUAUCAGGAUACCCAGUACAUCAUCAAUGUACCAUAUCAGGAUACCCAAUACAACAAUGUUUAUGCUUGGAAUCUAGGAUACGUAGAUUAUCAUAUGAUCAAUGUUUGAUAUAUUCAGAAUUCCCAUUUCAACACUUCCACCUUGGAUAAUGUAGAAUAUUAUCAUUAUGUUUACAUUCACAGUACAUUUUGUGUAUUUAUAUUCUACACCUCGUCUGUAAACCCCAUAACCUUUCAUACACUCUACAUAAUUAUCUUCCCUAGCUGGUUCUCAGCUCAUGAAACUUUAGUAACUUAAACAUAUUUCCUUAAACUAGUCCUAACUUAAAAGCUAACAAAACGUAUAACCCUUUAAUGUACAUAUAUAUGUUUCUUCCUAAACUGGUUCUAAGCUAAUAAAACCCAAUAACCCUUUUAUAUAUCUAUAUCUUACUGGACACAUACUAAGCAUGCAUAAGGACUGA